GAGUCAGACGGCUUAUCGAUAACAAGUUCACUUAUCGAUUUGAUCUCCGUCAACGCGCGUUUUCUGAAAACAACCCCUCUGGUGAAUUAUUGGCAUGCGCUGAAGUCUUCACUCAUCAUCGCAUUUUCUCAAUAACAGGUUUUAAACUCUUUACGAUUGCUCUUGACCCAGUUUGAUGAAUCAUCCAAUUCCACUUUAUCCCAUACAAAACAUCAAUGUCAACAACCCCUAACCCGCGUGGCCGCCGGUCACUGCGAGACUCCGAGGUUUCGGAAACAUUCACUCCAAUAGCAGACACAACGCUGACAGGACUUCAGCGUCUUCCCAUUCAUACCAAGUAUCCCCUCACCCCCAGCAGGCUCAGUUCAGCAACCCCGUCGCGACGAACGCCACGGAACAGAGGCGCUGCGGCUCCCUCAACGCCUCAUGGAUUACGGGCGAUGCAGCGCCGAGCGGCUAAUACACCUGCGCGUGACCGUAGGAAAAGCGGGCGGAUGCAGAGGGAGACGACGUUUGAUAUUCUACGGAAUCUCGGUAGAGCUCUUGCUCCUGUAUCACAGCCCAUUGGUUCAUCGCCGCAAGAAGAGAAACCGGAGCCCGAACCAGAGCCCAAAAGAGAUGAGAUCGACGAGCUUGACAACGAACCGGAGAUCGAACGUCCACGACUAUCCUUGCCUUUAGAAGAAGUAGAGGAACAGUACGAGGCGAGUCCGGAACCGCGCCCACCCAGGCUCUCUUUAGCGUUUGAGGAAGAGGACAUUACGGUCGAAUACCCUCGACGGGCUACUAGCGAACAUGAUAGAGCAAGAUUGUCUAUGAUGAGUUUCGGUAAUCCUCGCCUGAGUGAGAAUUUCGGUGACGCGACCCGGUUAGAAAGUGACUCGGAAGAUGAUGAAACUGGCAUUGAGCAUGAUGACAAUAGGGAGAACCCAGACGAAACUGUGAUGAGUCAAGGUGCCUUUGAUAGAGGAGGAGAUACGGAAGACCUUGGGAGGUUCAAUUUUGACUUCAAUUUUCCAUCUCCCCCUCCGCCUCCAGCGAAUAAUAUGGACGAGCCUCUCAACGACGACGAAGGAUUCGAGCUUCCGCCCGUUGACCUGGCACAGGACACAGCUCCAAUGUCAGAUGACAGUGAUGAUGCCGGCAUCACAGCUGGUGAUUUUGGUCUGGAUCUCAACCUGCCAUCCCGUGCCUCUCUGAGCGAAAGUCCCGGGAUCAUCGGUGGAGGGUUGCAUGAUGAAGACACUGUCAUCGUACAGGGGAAACAAAAGAAGCUCUCCCGGCACGGCAUUCCUAUCCCCAAUAUGCCAUCAGGAGUGAUUAAAAAGCUGGCCACCCGGUUUGCACCAGCGAGGGCCGGAUCUAAAGCGAAGAUCAGCAAGGCAACCCUGACAGCCAUUGAGCAAGCAACAUCGUGGUAUUUUGAGCAAGUCGCUGAAGACUUGGCAGCGUAUUCCACACAUGCUGGACGUAAGACAAUCGACGAGAGCGAUGUUACCACCUUGAUGAGACGACAACGCCAUCUUAACAAUUCUACGACCAUUUUCUCUUUGGCAUCGAAACAUUUACCCAAGGAGCUGUUACAGGACAUGAGAUUGUCAAUGCCUCCGUGAAUAAUAUACAUAAUACGUAUUCUGUACCAAGCAAACUAAACACCACCGAUGGUCGCAAACAGAAAAAGAGGUUGACAGAUAUCACCAAUUUACAUUCUGACGGACACGACGAGUUGCCUCAUUAGGCCUCUUACGGAUAAUCAUCCACAGCAUGAUUGAUGUUGCCAAGCACAACCCGUACCUACUCAAGGUAAGCCAGCAGUUUCGAUUGCAGGAUAUUGGGGGUAAUUCAUCGAAAACCUACCAUGUGAAGAUGUACUGGCUGUGGUUGUUUCUCAGAUUCACUUCGGCGGCGCGACCGAUAGGGAUACCCUUGCCGCUUCUGUUAUACCAUUCAACCAAGUCCGGGACUAAUGGAGUUAGUGUCGAUCGUGUCGGUCCCCAUACUAGAGAUAGACUCACUCAUAGUCUCUUCAAUCCACACUGGCUGGCUGCCAGUAAACUCUGCC